ACCUCCCGAUCCUUGAAGUACUCCAACACCUGAAAGAUGGGUCGAUGGCUGAAUGCAUGUUCAGAGCUGGGCUUCGCGUGAGAGAGAGGUGGUGCGUACGUCUGGCCUGACAGAGUCGAGGUCGCCACAUAUGUGCGACGGCAGAAGCAGCGGCUCGUCAGGACCGACAAACGCUGAUUCGUCGACACACACACACACACACACACACACACAUGGACACAUGCGCCACAACCGCUAUGCCAUGGUGCUGUGUGUAUAUUACAAUACCCACCAGCGAGUGACAUCAUCGACGGCCGUCUUGUGGCCCUCCGUAUGAGCGACAGCCGACCGGCGUGUUCGCACCUGCUCCCAUCCCUGAAACACACAUGCAUUCACACGCGUCUCGUAUCAGAAGGCACAUGUGGGCACCCACAUGCGCCGUAUGAACUCAAGAGUGCACAGGAAUGGCGUGAGCACCUUUUGUGUUUGAUGGCUGGCACGGACAUGGACCUUGCCGGCUGAGGUAUCGCCGCCUCGUCGAUCCUACACACAUGCAUCCAUAAAGUGCAUUGUUGCACCAUCCAUCAGCUCAGUGCGCGGUGUCCAUCAAUGUGCCAACCACACCUUUCCAGCGGGGUGCUGUCAUCGUGCCCGUUGUCGCUCUUCUGCUUGCCGUUGAUGCGCGCCUCGUGCUCACGAGUGAACUGACAGACAGCAAAAGAGAGAGGGAGAGAGAGAGAGAGAGAGAGGCGAGGCACAUUCAAACAGACAGACAGACAGGCAGACAGACAGGUGUGGGGCUGUGUGAGAGUGUCACAGGCAGGUACCCACCUGAUCGUACAGGCGGUUUGCGCCGCCGUCCGCGCACACGACAAUGGUGGAGAGGCGCAUGAGCGCGGGCACGUAGUCGGGCAGCGGCCGAUUCAACAGGAUCACGUGAAGCCUGGCGGAUGAAUGGAUUGAAUCGAAUCAACACAUGGACACGACACACGUGUGUGUGGGUUGGUGGAUGGCAUGUGCAGGUGUGCACGGUACCUACCGUGCGUCUUGGUAGCUGGAGAGCUGCCUCUUCCGCCCAAUCAGGUCCAGGAAGGACAGAUCCACUGACGAGAUCAGACACAUGCACACAGCGACAGAGCGGCGUGUGUGAGCGGUCUGUGUGCGCAUCUUCAUCCACACGUGUGUGCUUGUUUGCCCACCAACUCGGUGCCUCUCCUCUGCGCUCGUCGCCAGCGACAUAGACAGCGACAGCUGCCGAGCACAACCAACACACACACCACACGCACACACACACACACACACACACGCAGGCACCUCUUUGCCUGCCUCAGUCCCGACAGCAUGGACAUGGACGUAGGUACCUUCAU